CGGCCCAGCGGAGUCUGGGAGCAGAGGGACAGGGCCUUGGAGCUCAGUACAACGGCCAGUGGUAACAAGACCAGCUAAGGAUGGUGAUACCCAAGGCCCUGGGCCUCCUGCUCCUUUUGGCCCUCCAGCUCCUAGCCUCAGUAUUAGAAGACGAAAGAAAUGCCUGUGAGGGAAUCAUCAACAUGGGGCAAUACGACUCCUUCGAACUCCAGGACACAGCUAAUUGCUUUGAAAAAUGCAGGCAGGAGGGGAGCAAGUCCUGUCACCUGGGCAACCUGCAUAGUUACUGGCUGAACUAUGAGCUCUACCUGGUGGAGAACAACGUGAAACCUGGGAACACAUCCUUCCUGAAGGCCUUGGUUAAGAACAUCAGCACUAAUGUCACAGAAGACCUGUACUUCUCCCUGACUCCCUCCAAGGUUCCGAGUGAGGUGACAGAGGCUGAGCACGGGCCACCUGACAGAGUCCGACUUCCCCAGAGCCUGUUUACAUCCCUGCGGGGCAGCAGGUCGGAGGUGCGGCUGGCCAUCACCAUCCUGGACAUUGGCAUGGGGGAUGUCUUCAAGGGCCCCAACCUCAAACCAGAGGAUGGCAGCAGUGUGUGGAACAAUCGCCUGGUGGGCCUGAGUCUGGGCCGAGUGCCUGUGGCAGGGCUGACGGACCCUGUGGAGAUCACCUUCUCCCACCAGCAGCAGCCCUCCAGCAUGACCUUCAGCUGUGUGUUCUGGGAUGCGAAUAAAGGAGACUGGUCUUCCAAAGGCUGCUUAACAAAACAGGGGCCCAAGCAGACUGUGUGCCACUGUGACCACCUGACCUUCUUCACCCUGCUCCUGAGGCCCAUCUUGGACAAAGCCACUGUGCUGGCCCUCACGCGUACCUCCCAGGCUGGCUGCGGGGCUUCCAUGUUCUUCCUGGCUCUCACCAUUGGGAUCUACACUGCCCUGAGGUUGACCCGGCAGAGAUUCAAGUCAGAGGACGCCCCCAAGAUCCACGUGGCCCUGAGUGUCAGCCUGUUUCUCCUGAAUCUGGCGUUCUUCUUCAGCGUGGGGCCUGGCUCCAGGGUGUCGAACCCUGCCUGCUGGCUCCAAGGCGCCCUCUUGCACUACUUCCUGCUCUGCACCUUCACCUGGAUGGGCCUGGAAGCCUUCCACCUCUACCUGCUGGUCAUUAAAGUCUUCAACACCUACUUUGGGCACUACUUCCUGAAGCUGAGCCUCGUGGGUUGGGGCCUGCCUGCCCUUGUGGUCAUUGGCACUGGGAUUUCCAACAGCUACGGCUACUUCACCAUCCGCGACCAGGACAACCGCAUCACACUGGAGCUGUGCUGGUUCAGUGAGACCACCCAGUCUGCUCGGUACAUCACCGUCCACGGCUACUUCCUAGUCACCUUCCUCUGCAGUGCCAUGGUCUUGGGCUUGGUGGCCUGGAAGAUCUUCACUCUUUCAAGCACCACGGCGGGCAAAGAGCAGGGGCAGAGCUGGAAGGGUGUCCUCACCGUGCUGGGCCUGUCCAGCCUGGUGGGCAUGACAUGGGGGCUAGCCAUCCUCACACCCCUGGGGCUGCCUGCCACCUAUGCCUUUGCUCUAUUCAACUCCCUGCAAGGUGUGUUCAUCUUCUGCUGGUUCGUGGUACUCUACUUCCCAGGCCAGAAGUCCACGGCUUCCUCUUCUGGCACUGCCCGACUUGACCAGGCCCACUCCAUGUCUCAGGAAUAGGGGUUACACCUUGGCCCCACUGGACCCCUACCUGUGCUCCAGACUCGCCUCUGGCUUGUUGUGAACAUUUGAGACUCCUUCUGGGCCUCAGUUAGCACGUUUGUAACAUGUGGAUGAGGAAAAAGGAGACCAGGACCAGGUUGAAACUUGUGGCCUCAAGGGUCCAUCCAGAGCCAUCUAUGGUUCUGAGAGCCCACAAACCCGGGACUACGGGAGUCAGAAUUACUAUGAUCUUGAGAGCCCCUUUCCUCCAACAGAGCACAGAGUCACACCUUCAUCCUUGACCUUCCCACACCCAUGUCUGCCUUCACAGCAAGGCAACUCCUCUCUGCCUGCUGUCACUAGCCUCCCCAUCUCAAGAUGGGGCUGAGCUCACAGAAA